AUGCCCCCAAUACCCAAACCACACCCACAUCACCACACAUCAAAAGCCUCAAUGACGUCACCCCCCAAACCAUCCCACCACAACAGCACAAGCACAUCCUUCCACAACCCCUGGCCCUCAGCCUACAAACCAACCUGGACCGAACUCCUCACCCUCCAAAACCCUCUCUCGCUCUACUCAUCACACUCCCUACACACACACCCCCUCUCCCGCCCCCUCGCGGUGAUCCCCCCAGAUUUCACCACCACCCCCUCACACUCCCAAAUCACAGGAACCUGGCUCGGUCACGCCUCCGCGCUCGCAUCCUUACCUCUCAACGAGUCCGGUCGAAGACUAUCCGUGUUAUUCGACCCCAUAUUCAGCCAACGCGCCGGACCAACACAAUUCACCGGCCCAAGCCGCAUGAACGCGCCGCCCUGCAGCGUAGACGCGUUACCGAGCGUCGAUUGCGUGAUGAUAUCCCAUAACCACUACGACCACCUGGACUACGGCUCCAUCAAAUCGAUUGUCAAGAAAUUCCCAUCAUGCAGGUAUUUCGUGCCGUUAGGCAACAAGAGCUGGUUCCUCGCCAUGGGCGUGGCAGCAGAGAAAUUAUAUGAGAUGGAUUGGUGGGACGAAGUCGUUUUCACCCUCGAUUUCGAACCCGUGGAGAAGGGGGAAGGGGAAGGAAAGUUUAAAAUCGCCUGCGUCCCCGCGCAACACAAUUCCGGACGUGGAACACUAGAUCAAUCCUCCACUCUCUGGAGCGGCUGGAUAAUCCAAACCCAGCCCAAAGAAACCCAAAAAGCAACACUCUACCACGCCGGCGACACAGGUUACCGUCGGCACACGUCAUCCACAGAAACAUGCCCGGCAUUCCCCACCAUCGGCCUCAAAUACGGGCCUAUAGACCUCUCAUUCCUGCCCAUCUGGCGCGGAGGCACGCUGGGUUUUAUCUCCGCGAUUGGGCUGCGGUUAUCGCAUCACCAGAUCCCGCAGACGUUUCACGCGAGUCCGAAGGAUGCCGUGUGUAUCCAUCGGGACGUGCGGAGUCGGUGUAGCGUGGGUGUGCAUUUUGGCACGUUUGUCGGGAGCGAGAAUGAGAGUUUGGAGGCGGUGAUUGAGUUUGAGGAGGCGGGGAGGGAGGUGGGGGCCGGGAGGAUCGGGGAGGAGGGGGAGUUUGAGGGGGGGAGGUUGGGGACGGUGGAUAUUGGGGGGAGUGUGGUUGUGGAGUUGUUGUGA